UAUUUAUUUAUAGUUUCAAAAUACCAAUCGAUCUUAUGUAAGAUACACGUCUAUUUGAUUAUCUGAUCUUAUUUUUAGACCUUCACAGUUGACCUACUGGUCGUAUAAACAUUUCGGAAACCUUUUAAUUUUGACAAUGGCCGAAGGGGCAGAAACUGCAAAAAGGAUCGCUGUUGUGGCGAUGGAUGGAAGUAAACAUUCAGAUAUAGCCUUAAAUUUUUAUGUGCAAAAUGUUUAUAAAGAAAAUGAUGAGGUCAUAGCGAUGUACUGUGUUCAUCAUAAAGCACAACACAAAUACGAGUCUAAGUGGAUGCCGGUUGACCCUAAUAUUAUUGUCCAUAAAUACCACGAAGAAACAGCCAAAGGAGAAGCAAGAAGUUGGUGGGAAGGUUAUGCAAUUGGAAGGAGGGGAUCCUGGUCACACCAUAAUGAACAAAAUCGAAGAACUCGGAGCCAGUCUGGUUGUUGUCGGUUCCCGAGGUCACGGCACCCUCAGGCGGAAGAUUUUGGGAAGUGUUAG